AUGGCUGCAGAGGUCCACAUGCCAGUACCCAUGUGCCUCAUCGAGAAUGUGAAUGGUCAAUUGAUUGCCAAACAGGAGGCUCUGGAGAUCCUGUCUGACAUCACACAGCCUCUGGUGGUGGUAGCCAUUGUUGGUCUCUAUUGCACAGGGAAAUCCUACUUGAUGAACAAGCUAGCUGGGAGGAAAACAGGCUUUUCUCUGGGGUCCACAGUGCAGGCUCACACCAAGGGGAUCUGGAUGUGGUGUGUGCCUCAUCCCCAGAAGCCAGACCAUACUCUAGUUCUGCUUGACACUGAGGGACUGGGAGAUGUACAAAAAGGUGGCAAGAAGAAUGACUGCUGGAUCUUUGCACUGGCUAUACUUCUAAGCAGCACCUUUGUGUAUAACAGCAUGGGAGUCAUCAACCAGCAGGAUAUAGACCAGCUGCACUAUGUGACAGAACUGACAGACAGAAUCAGAUCAAGAUCCUCACCUGACCAGGAUGAGUUGGAGGACUCAGAGGAGUUUGUGAGAUUCUUCCCAGACUUCGUGUGGGUUCUGAGGGACUUCUCUCUUGAGCUGAAAGUAAAUGGGAAACCCAUCUCUGCAGAUGAAUACCUAGAGAAUUCCCUGACACUUAUAAAGGAAAUGUACCUGCCUCAUAUUUGUAUUAAUAAGUUUCCAAAGAAGAAGUGCUUUGUCUUUCAGUGGCCUAUUCAGGGGAAGAAGCUUGGAGAGCUGGAAUCACUGCUGGAUCAAGACCUGGACUCUGAUUUCGUGGGACAAGUGGCAGAAUUUUGUUCCUAUGUGUUCAGCAGUUCCAAGGUUAAAACUCUUUCAGGAGGCAUCAAGGUCAAUGGACCACGACUAAAGAGUUUGGUGGUAACCUAUGUGAACACCAUCAGCAGUGGGAGUCUGCCCUGCAUAGAGAAUGCCAUCCUGGCUUUGUCCCACACUGAGAAUGAAGCUGCCCUGCAAAAGGCCAUUGCCCACUAUGACCAGAAGAUGAGCAAGAAGUUGCAGCUGCCCACAGAGACCCUCCAGGAGCUGAUGAACCUGCACAGGACCAGUGAGAAAGAAGCCAUCAAGAUCUUCAAGGAAAAUUCCUUCAAAGAUGUUAACCAAGUGUUCAUAAAACAGUUAGAGACUGUGUUAGAAACAAAACAAGAGGAAUUCCUUAAGAAGAAUCUACAGUCAUCCUCAGAUUGCUGCUCAGCUCUGCUUAGGGAUAUUUUCAGUCCUCUAGAAGAAGAUGUGAAGCAGGGGGUAUAUUACAAACCAGGCGGAUACAAUCUUUUUAUCCAGAAGACACAGGAGCUGAAGAAAAAGUACUAUGAAGAACCUGGGAAGGGGGUUCAGGCUGAAGAGUUUCUGCAGAAGUUUUUGCAGUCCAAGGAUGAUGUGAUUAAUGCAAUUCUACACAUAGACCAGGCACUGACAGAAAAAGAAAAGGAAAUUAAAGAGGAGCACAUAAAACAGUUGACUGAGAAGAUGGAGAAAGCACAGGAACAGACGAGGGAAAUGCAACAGAAGAAUGAACAGUUGCUGCAACAGAAAGAGAAAAGUCAUGAGGAGCACAUAAACCAAUUGACUGAGAAGAUGGAGAAGGAGCAAUCCCAUAUGAGGGAAAUACAACAGAAGAAUGAACAGUUGCUAGAAAAGAAAAAGUUUCAUGAGGAGUACAUGAAACACUUAACUGAGAAUAUGGAGGAAACCCAGGCCCAGAUGAGGGAAAUGCAAGAAAAGUUUGAACAGCUGCUUCAACAGAAAAUGAAUCACGAGCAGUACAUGAUACAUUUUAUUGACGAGAUGGAGAAAGCACAGGUACAAAUGAGGGAAAUGCAACAGAAGGAGGAACAAUUCCUGAAACAGAAAGAGAAGUGCUAUGAGGAACACAUGGAACAGUUGACUGGGAAUUUGGAGAAGGCACAGAAACAUUAUAAGGAAGCUUGUCAGAAACGUGAAGAACUGCAGAAUGAGUCAAGAAAACUUCAAGAACAAAGACAUCGCUUGAAGGAAAACUCAUUUGUGAAAAGCUAA